UUUCCGGAGGCCGGAGCACGCGGUCGCCCACGCGCGCCUGCAACUGCAAUGCAUCACCCCGCCGAUGGAUCGACGGAACGGAACGCCCCCUCUGCUGUGACGUGUCCCGCUCGCCGCGCCCGCGCGCUCCGCGUUGCGGCCUCGCCGCCCACGCGCCCCGCCAUUUAAAUGCGCUUUAGUUCGAUCCAUCUUCUUCUCAAAGUGCCCUCCCCUCCGAUUCUCCAGUUCCCUUAUCCUCUCCCAUGGCCGCCAGCCUCGCGCCGUCGUCGUCGGCGCCGCUGAGCCUCCACCGCCGCCGGCGCGGAGCCGGAAUCCUCACCUGCCGCGCCACGGCCACGUUCCACCAACUUGACGCCGUCGCGGUGAGGGAGGAGGAGGCGAAGUUCAAGUCUUCGGCGAAGGAGGGAUGCAACCUGCUGCCGUUGAAGCGGUGCAUCUUCUCCGACCACCUGACGCCGGUGCUCGCGUACCGGUGCCUCGUCAAGGAGGACGACCGCGAGGCGCCCAGCUUCCUCUUCGAGUCCGUCGAGCAGGGCUCCGAGGGCACCAAUGUGGGGAGGUACAGUGUCGUAGGGGCGCAGCCCGCCAUGGAGAUCGUGGCCAAGGCCAACCACGUGACCGUGAUGGAUCAUGAGAUGAAGUCGAGGAGGGAGCACUUCGUGCCUGAUCCGAUGAAUAUCCCCAGGAGCAUUAUGGACCAGUGGAACCCACAUAUAACCGACGGCUUACCUGAUGCAUUUUCUGGAGGAUGGGUUGGAUUCUUCUCGUAUGAUACAGUACGUUAUGUGGAAACAAAGAAGCUUCCAUUUAGUAAGGCACCACAUGAUGAUAGGAACCUUCCUGACAUUCAUUUAGGCCUCUACAAUGAUGUCAUUGUGUUUGACCAUGUUGAGAAGAAAACACAUGUUAUACAUUGGGUGAGGGUGGACUGCUAUCAUUCUGUUGAUGAAGCAUAUGAAGAUGGAACAAAUCGACUAGAAGCUCUGUUAUCAAGAUUACAUAGUCUUAACAUCCCAACACUUUCUUCCGGUUCUAUUAAACUUAAUGUUGGGCACUUUGGCUCAGCAUUACAAAAAUCAUCAAUGUCAUGUGAAGAAUAUAAGCAUGCUGUUGUUCAAGCGAAAGAACAUAUUCUGGCUGGUGAUAUUUUUCAAGUAGUCAUAAGCCAGCGUUUUGAAAGACGGACAUUCGCCGACCCCUUUGAGAUCUACCGUGCAUUGCGCAUUGUAAAUCCUAGUCCAUAUAUGGCCUAUCUACAGGCACGAGGUUGUAUUCUUGUGGCAUCAAGUCCUGAAAUUCUCACUCGGGUGCAAAAGAGGACAAUCAUCAAUCGGCCACUUGCUGGAACUAUAAGAAGAGGGAAAACGAAGGCAGAAGACAAAGUUUUAGAACAGCUGCUUUUGAGUGACGAGAAGCAGUGUGCUGAACAUAUUAUGUUAGUAGAUCUCGGUCGAAAUGAUGUCGGAAAGGUGUCGAAACCAGGUUCAGUAAAGGUGGAGAAACUUAUGAAUAUUGAACGAUAUUCACAUGUCAUGCACAUUAGCUCAACAGUAACUGGGGAGCUACGUGAUGAUCUUACCUGUUGGGACGCGCUUCGUGCAGCACUGCCUGUUGGAACAGUUAGUGGCGCUCCUAAGGUGAGAGCAAUGGAGCUGAUCGAUGAGCUGGAAGUGAACAUGGACAUUGCUCUUGCUCUUCGCACUAUCGUCUUCCCCACUGGAUCUCGGUUCGAUACCAUGUACUCAUACACUGACGGAAACCCGCGCCAGGAGUGGGUGGCUCAUCUCCAAGCCGGAGCUGGGAUAGUGGCCGACAGCAAACCAGACGACGAGCACCAGGAGUGCCUGAACAAGGCUGCUGGCGCUGCCCGUGCCAUUGACCUUGCCGAAUCUACAUUUCUAGACGAGUAGCCUACUCUCCGUGUAGCAAAUGUUUGUUUCUAAUUUCUAUGUAAUUGCUGACAAUAGUAGGAAACCUUAGCUUCCUGGCUUUGAAGCUCUAGGAUUUAUGCUGUUCUGAAUAAAAACUCUAUUACAAUAAUAAAGUUAAUAAAUGUAAAGUAGAUGACAAA